AUGUGGACGUGUGAGUGCUAUAGUGUUCCCGAAAGAAAGCAGACGGUCAGUUGUGAUGAAGGUUCUGAUUUGCUGGUUCUUGUUGGCAGUGGUGUACACAAGUCAAAUAAAUGUGAAUGUCCCGUUCAUGUUUUUUCUAGUGUAAAUGAGAUAGGGCAGUGGAUUAUAUGUAGAUCAGUCAUGGGACAUGCAAAUCACCACCCAACCCCGGGUAAGUUCCGAACAAUUGCUGCCUUCCGGAAGCAGUUCAUUGAAGAUAAUCCGCACAUAGGUCGGGAAUUUAAGGUGUGUAGGAAGGCUGGGUUGCGGCCAAAUCAAGUGUAUAAUUUGAUGUCAACCAAGAGGAAUGGUAAAGAGCACAUGCCCUUUUCGCAGAAGGAUCUUCAUGAUUACGCUGCUAAACUGAGAAAGGAGAAGUCGGAAGGGGGAAGUGCUAGGGCGAUGUUUACUUACUUUGAGAACAUGAAAGACGAUAAUCCUGAUUUUUUUCACGUGUUUAGGCAAGCUGACAAUGGGCGCUUGCUAGAUGUUCUUUGGGUUGAUGCUCGUAGUAGAGCGGGCUAUGAGGAGUUUGGUGAUGUUGUAUGCUUUGACACCACUUACUUGACCAAUCAAUAUAGAAUGCCGUUUGCGAAUUUUGUAGGUGUAAAUCACCAUGGGCAAAGCAUAUUACUUGGAUGUUCUUUGGUAUCUCGUGAGACAGUCGACACCUUUGAGUGGAUAUUUGGUCAUUGGUUGGAGUGUAUGGGAGGUAAAGCACCCAUUGGGAUAUUGACAGAUAAGGAUGUCGCUAUGAGGAAGGCUUUAAGGUCAACCAUGAGUCAAUCAUGUCAUAGGUGGUGUCUAUGGCACAUUACGCAGAAAUUUUGUAAGAAGCUCGGAAAGAAUGAAGAGUACCUUGAUUUGAAGGAAGAUUUGGAGCAUGCGAUUUAUGAUAGUCUUGAUGCUGAUGAAUUUGAAAUGAAUUGGGAAACUAUGAUGGAGCGGUAUACCCUGUCAAAGAUUGAAUCUGUUUGGCUUGAAGGUUAG